CACCCACCAAAGGCACCGCCAAUUGACUGUUCUUCAACCACACUCCAUACAUCUCGGAGUUUCAAUUCCAGCGACAAAAUUCCGCUGCACUACUUGUCUUGAAAAACUACUCUACCCCAGGAAAAUGGACGACGAAUAUGCAAAGCUUCUCAGGAGGAUGAACCCGCCCAGAGUUGUCAUUGACAAUGAUUCCUGCGAGGAUGCAACUAUUAUACAGGUUGACAGUGUGAAGAAGCAUGGGAUUCUCCUCCACGUCGUACAAGUUCUAACCGACUUGGACCUUGUCAUCACAAAAGCAUACAUCUCAUCAGAUGGGGGAUGGUUCAUGGAUGUGUUUAAUGUAAUUGAUCGUAGUGGGAAUAAAGUCCAGGAGGAAGAGGUCAUUAACCAUAUCAAAAAGACGCUAGAGAGUGAUGACAUUUCUGCACCUUUGUUAAGGAGAACUGUUGGACUGAUGUCCUCUGAGGAGCACACGUCUAUUGAGCUAACUGGAACUGACAGGCCCGGUUUACUGUCUGAGGUCUGUGCAGUCCUUACUGAUCUUCACUGCAAUGUGGUGAAUGCUGAGAUUUGGACACACAACGCCAGAGCUGCAGCUGUGGUACAUGUCGCAGAUGAUAGCACAGGGUAUGCUAUUGAAGAUCCAAAGCGUCUUGCCACUAUAAAGGCACUGCUUUGCAGUGUUCUUAAAGGAAACAGUGAUAUGAGGUCUCCAAAAAUGACGCUUUCACCUCCUGGGGUCACUCACAGGGGGAGAAGGUUGCACCAAAUUAUGUUUGCUGAUAGAGACUAUGUGAAGGUGGAAAGAGUACAAGGCAGAGCUGAGGAAAAAGGUUCUAGUCCUCAAGUUACAGUGUUCGAUUGUAGCGAAAAGGAUUACACAGUGAUCACCAUGAGGUCAAAAGAUCGGCCUAAGCUUCUGUUCGAUAUUAUCUGCACUCUGACAGAUAUGCAGUAUGUUGUUUUUCAUGGAGUCGUUCACACAAGGAGGAUGGAAGCUUACCAGGAAUACUACAUUCGGCAUGUUGAUGGGCUUCCUAUAAGCUUGGAAGCUGAACGAGAACGGGUUGUGCAAUGUCUUGAAGCAGCAAUUGAAAGGCGAGCCUCUGAGGGUCUGGAGCUGGAAUUGUGCGCUGAAGAUAGAGUAGGGCUCCUGUCAGAUAUAACCAGGAUAUUUAGGGAGAAUAGUCUGUCCAUAAAAAGAGCAGAGAUCUCAACGGAAGGCGGAAAAGUAAGAGACACAUUUUAUGUUACAGAUGUGACGGGGAAUCCGGUUGAUGAUAAGACGAUCGAUUCGGUGCGAGGUGAGAUUGGACAAAGCCUGCUGCGGGUUAUACCCAACUCAGGUUCUCCUGUUGAGGCAGAAGGAGCCAAAACAAUAGGCUGUAUCUUUGGGAGCUUUUUCAGAGCUAAAAGUUUCCAGGAUUCGAAAUUGAUCAAAUCCUGCUCCUAAUGCCGCCGCUGCUUGUGCCUUUCUACAGCCACAUAGAAUACAAAACAAAUGAUGUGCAUAAGAGUCAGUUCCAAGUAUAGUUGCAUAUAUAUAUAUAUAUCCAUUUUCCCACCCCACAUAGAAUACAAUAUGGGACCGACUUGUCUUUGUAAAAAAGAUAACAAGCGGAACGAUUUUAUUUUCAGUCCCGAAAAUGUUAAAAAGUGGAUGGGGUGUCUUUGUGAAGAAUGCAGUCAUUGUACAGUUUGAUAGCACAGGGCUUGUACAAAUGUAUGUUUACAAAAGUUCGUGUACAAAUGUAUGUAUGUAUAUGUAUGUAUGUAUAUUGGGGGUUCUCACUCUAAGAAACAGUUCCGCAUAUCGCAUAUUGCAUGGUUUCAGUGGGAGCAAUUCCGCAUCA